CAUAUGUUUAAGGAGUGCUUUAAUAGUCCAAUCACAACAUCAAAUUUUCAAUUCCGUAGACUCUUUUUCUUCUUUCGGAGAAAGCCAAAUUUGAGCAUUGCCAUGGCGAAGAGUUCGUUCAAGAUACAACAUCCAUUGGAGAAGAGGCAGGCAGAAUCUACUCGCAUCAGAGAGAAGUAUCCCGAUAGAAUACCAGUUGUUGUUGAAAAGGCAGAUAGGAGUGAUGUUCCUGAUAUUGAUAAAAAGAAGUAUCUCGUCCCUGCUGAUUUGAACGUUGGCCAAUUUGUUUAUGUGGUCCGGAAGCGUAUAAAGCUCAGUGCAGAGAAAGCUAUAUUUAUCUUCGUCGAGAACAUCCUGCCUCCCUCUGCUUCAUUGAUGUCGAAAAUUUAUGAGGAACAUAAGGAUGAGGACGGGUUUCUUUACGUGACUUACAGUGGCGAGAAUACAUUUGGAUCAUCAGAAUUUCACUAGCAGACAAAUUUCGUGUACAUUCUUAGCAUCAAUUACUUUUUAUCAAUCUGGACAUAUUUACUCGUGGGAUGAUCGAUGAUAUCUAAAUCAUUAGCAAUAUAAUGUGAAUAUCUCAGUAUUUUCAAUACUUCGGCUGUUUGGCCAUCGAAGAUUCAUCAA